CUUAUAUAUAUAUAUAUAUAUAUAGAUUAAGAUGCAUAGAUCGGCGAGCACGAGUAGAGCUUCAGAGGAGUUCUUAAUCAAUUUAUCGCCCGGAACAAAGGGUUCUCCUGGGAUGAUGAUAAAAACAGCUGCUGCAGAUAUUGAUAAAAUUCCGAUAUAUAAUCUGUUAGGUUCUGAUGUUGGUGCUACUAGUAAGAAAGAUAGUCAUGUUAAGCCAGGAGAAAAUGUGGUUCAUCUUAUUCCCGUAAUCCUUGUUCUAUGUGCUUUCAUUCUUUGGAUCUUUUCCCAUCCAGUUGUAGACAUGACAAGCAAAGAAGGUUCAGUGGUACAAGUUGAAGGGCUGAAUAAUCAUGGACAGAGUAAUCAAAGUCAUAUGCCAUCCAACACGAAAUUGGUGGAGUUGGAAGCAGCAGCAAAGCAAGAUAGAGACAGGAUUCUUCAAAAGAUUGUGGUCAACAAAUCUUGAUAUUUGUGUGUUGGAUCAAAAUCGCAUUAUCGCUGAGACUCAAAAUUUGCAAUAGUGAAUAGUAUUUUCUUUUAUCUACAGAAUUGAAUUUUACCUUUUGUUUUACUU